AUGGCGGAUGAAUGUAUCCACUCUUUGCAGCUCGAGCUCGAGGCCGUGGGGAAGCAGAUUCGCGACCUGGAACAGAAGCAGGCCCAGCUGAGAGAGCGGAGAGCCGCGCUGGAAUCAUCCCGGGCUGACGCUCACAAGUCCGGGGUAAGUAUACAGCGUGCUGUUAACAGUCCCACCACGUCUACUCCGUGUGUUUCUCUGCGCAGGCCCGGUGCACCCAGGACGCGAUCUUCCCAGAUGUCCUUCACUGCGACGCCGGGACACCAUGGACCAUGGGUGCAUCCACAGCGGAGGACGCGAGCUGGGUCCCGGGCGACGACUUCUCCCCCUCCUGCCUUCGAGAUCUCCAUCCAGAACCGCUUCGCUCCCCUCCGCGAGACAGGAUGCGACGCUGUGAUCAUCGGAGACUCCAUCGUCCGACACAUACCCGCGAUCCUGAAGGACGGCGAGAGCCCCAGAGCGGUCGUGCUUCACGCCGGGGUUAACGACACCACGCUGCGGCAGACGGAGACGCUGAAGAGGGACUUCAGGAGCCUGAUCGAGACGGUUCGCAGCACGACGCCCGAGGCGACGAUCGUCGUGUCAGGACCACUGCCCACGUAUCGACGAGGACACGAAAGGUUCAGUAGACUUUUUGCUUUAAAUGAAUGGUUGUUGUCAUGGUGUAAAGAACAGAAACUGCUAUUUGUUAAUAACUGGAAUCUUUUCUGGGAGUGUCCUAGACUGUUUCGCGCUGAUGGAUUACACCCCAGCAAAAUUGGAGCGGAGCUUCUCUCUGACAACAUCUCCAGGACACUUCGCUCCAUGUGACUAGAUUUAAACAAGCUCCAGUCUGGAUCCAGAACACCUGAGAAGAGAUGAUGCUGACCCUCAGAGGACCCCAGAUGAUGCUACCUUGAAUCAACAAACAGAACUAACAAUUAUUGCUAAAUGUGUGACUGAAUCAUAUAAUAACUUAAUUAAUAAUAUUGAUAGUUCAUCGUCUAGCUGACUACGUCUUGUAUUAUUAUUAUUAUUUUUAUUUUUUCUAAAAUCCUGUCAAAUGUGCACAAACUACUAGCUACUACUAAAUUUGUAGAAACAUAAUUUUCUGUAAAGUUGCUUUGUAACGAUUUAUUUUGUAAAAAGCGCUAUACAAAUAAACUUGAAUUGAAUUGAA